UUACCUCUGGUCUCCAUGGCAACAAGGCCGGCUCGGCCCCUUAUUCAAAUAAAACCGGAAACCAACGUCAUUUUGGACCAAUCUCCGAGCUCUGGAGUGACAUAAUGGAAUUUUAGGGCUAGAAAGCGAGCGGGGUCUGGCGCUGCGCAUAGCAGUCGUGCCAUUGUACGCGCGCAGGCGAGACUCAUCAGACCCUCAGGUUCGAGUGGUCGACUGACACAGCGACUAAUAACAGUCUAAGUUAGAGGGGGGGUGAGGCAACAGACCCGACAUCAGCUGAUUUCCUGCUCUUUGGAUGAGACUGGACGCGUAAGGUUCGACACUCCCUCAGAUGAGGGUGUAGAAUGGAAACAAGCCUCUAUCCGGCCUCCGUGGUGAACACUCAGAGGGUCUCCAGCAUCAUUUCUCAGAGCACGAUGAUGAAGAAGGAAAUCAGUCUGAACCUGGACCAGAACUCCGAAAUGAAAUCAAACCCGCUUCGGGACGCAGACGGACUUCUGAACUCACCAGACUUAGGACUCCUUAAACUAACGACUCCCGACCUGGAGCGUCUGAUUAUCCAGUCCAACGGGCUGGUCACUACUACAAACCCGACCUCCCAGUUCCUCUACCCGAAGUCAGCCAGCGACGAGCAGGAAUUCGCGGAAGGUUUCGUCAAGGCGUUGGAAGACCUUCACAAGCAGAACCAGCUGAGCGAGGCUGGGUGCGUCUCCGCGGACAGACUGGAUCUGCCCGGAUCCACCGGGCUUCAGACGUCAGAUCUCCCCGUGUACACGACUUUAAACGGCUAUGCGAGUCCGCUGGGAUCCACCACCAUCAACUACGCCACGGACACGAUCCCCUUCCCGCCCCCUCCGUCUCAUCUAACCGGAGCGCAGCAGCAGGCGGCCGCCGCGGCUGCGCUGUCACGACUCCAGGCGGUCGGUGCGGUGAAAGACGAGCCUCAAACGGUCCCGGACAUGCAGAGCUUCGGCGACAGUCCUCCGUUGUCUCCCAUUGACAUGGACAACCAAGAGCGCAUCAAGGCGGAAAGGAAGAAGCUCCGGAACAGGAUCGCUGCCUCCAAAUGCCGCAAGAGAAAACUGGAGAGGAUUUCUCGGCUGGAGGACAAGGUCAAGACCCUGAAAACUCAGAAUACGGAGCUGGCAUCCACAGCCAGCAACCUCCGGGAGCAAGUAGCCCAGCUGAAGCAGAAGGUAAUGAGCCAUGUGAGCAGCGGAUGCCAGCUUCUGCCAAACCAGGUCCAGGCAUACUAAAUCCCAGGCAGGGUGCUCUUCAGACUGGUUUUAAAGGCUCUACAAGAUCCUGCCUUACCAAUAUUUAUCUCCGGGAUUUUAACCCACAUUAUUGCAUAUUGCACAUGCUUCAGAGAAGACGCAGUCUUUUGCGCUGCAGAACUGAACUCCAAUUGGAAAAUGAAGCAGAUAUGGACGGCAGUGUUUGAUUUAUUUGCAGAAAACAGACUAUGAUGAACUUAUUUUGUAGCAAACUGCCAUCUGAAGUGGGUGAAAAGAAAAAAAGAAAGAUGGCAUUUAUUCUGCGCAUGUCAGCUGGACAAUCUGAACAAGGGUGCAACCAACACCAGGGUGUCACUAAGUGCUGUCAUCCGCAAAAAAUGUAAUGCCUUACUUGUUUACAAGCAUUUAGUAAUGAAAUAUAUUUUAUUUACUGAAACGUACAGUCUUAUUCCUUUUUCAGUGCAAGUCUUGUUUUCCGUGUUCUUUGUUUUCCAUCUUCAUCUCGGUGGCUGCUGCUCAGUUCUCCAGCCACCUAAAACUUCCCUGAAUGUAUGAAUUUAUAUUCACUGAGAAAUCUUGUAUCCAUGUUUGGUGGAAAAACAAGCUGACAUUUAUUAAAUUCACUACAUUAUUUAAUCGUA